AUGUGUUUUAUGUUACAGAUGAAGUUGCUAUACCCUUUCCUUACUUCGUCGGACUAUUUUUACGAGCCGCUCAUUACUUUUGGUCUCGAUCUUGGGAAAGACUGCACCAAAGAGAAGGUACAAAGUUGCACUAGGCCAGAUAAAAGAUCAUUUCAAAAUGAUUUCUAAAGUUUUAAAUACUACUGGUGGAACUGUUGUGUUAUUUGUGGCAAGAGGCAAUAUUUUUCAAAUAAACAGCAUCAGGAAACACAGUGAUAAGUUUCCCCUUUGAAUUUUACCUCCGCGGAAAAAGGGAAAUAUGUUGAAUAAACUCACGAUAAGGGAUUUCGUCAAUAGAGAUUUUUUAAAACCCAAAAAUUCUCCAGCUUAUCAAAAACGAAAAAACGGGGUAUAAUAAUUUCACACAGUUUUUAAGAUGCCAAUAAGACUCAAAGAAGUCAGGCUUAAGUAUGUGUUAUACUAGAAAGAUAGACAGAAAAAAUUGCUAGUUUAUGAAGCUUGAUUGAGAUGUGCAAAGUUAAUACAAUAACUAAUUUAUAAUCAUUUGAUGAUAAUAUUCUGAUAUCGUCGGCUGGAACCACAACAUUAUGCUGGCGCUUUUAUGAGCAUUGAUAAUCCUGCUAUAUCAAAACAUGGACAUCAUUCCAUAAUUUAUUCUCAAGUAUCAAAAUAAUGAUCUCAUCAAAUGCUGUUGCUAAAAACAAAUGCUAAAACAAAGUAUAAGAUUAGAAAAAAAAUUAAGAAAUAUGUUGGUUUAGGAUCUUACAAUUUUUACUUCUUAUAUUGAAUGGCAAAAAAGAGGCUUUCUUUAAGAACGCAGUUAUGAGACUAGUUUGAGGGGCGGACGAUAGUGUUGUAUUUAUUAUGUUUGACAGGAAGUGGGAAAGAAGCUGAGCGCGCUGCACUCACAGGUAGCUGUUUUCCAGCGCCCUUUGAACUUCGUCGUAAUGUACGAAAGUUCUCAAGGACGUAAUCACACUAGCUUGGCAUCAGUUCUGAGGACGACGAGUUUGAUGGUGAAUGCCACAGUAUCUUUUAUCAGACGUCAGGUUAGAUUAACUAUGAUAGUAAAAUAUUUUUUAGUUUUUGUCACAAGUUUGACCAAAUGUGCACUAAAAAUUAUUAGACUGGGUCCAUUCAGUCGCAACUUAAAAGGUCGAGGAAUCAUUAUGAGCUAGGAUUCUUAAAGUUGUACCCAAUGUAUACCUAUCACUGAAAUGUUAGAUUCACCUUGAAAGAGAGGGAAAACUACCUAAAUCUCUUCUUCUCAUACCAGCAAAUUAAAACAAAUGUCUUAUCUACAACAACUAAUUAUCCUACAUUUACUUUUUACAUGAAAUUGCAAACAGCAAACAGUGUGCUAUCCUCGAUAUCAAUUUCAACUGUUUAGUGCAGUACAUUGCUAGUACAAAUAAUAAGCGUUUCAUUUUGGUGGCUUGUUAGAGAAGUAAAACCAAAGAUUAAUACUUGUGAUAGAAAGAAUACCUCAGAUAAUUUUCACAUGUCAUGUCGUGCGUUUUUUUUAUUUUGUUUCAUUUAUAACAAAAAAUCAUGAUCAAUUUGUUUUUAUGUUAAUUAACUUUUCAUUCACUCAUUCGCUUUAAUAAAAAUUGCUCUAUUCUCUGCGUUUUCUGUAGAUGAGACAAAAGGGAAUCUUGCCACCAAAAUACCCUGUAAUAUCUGAAGCUGAAGUCAAUAACAUGACAGAUUCUUACCUGAAAAACUUAAUUCAAAGGAAUCUCGUGGUAAGUGAGGCAUGACUGUUGAAUCUAUCCCCAAUUCCAUUUAUUCAUAAGUUCCGUCAAAGGGCUAAACUGACACUAUAAGUAAAAAACCUCUCCAGUACGGUUGCCCAUUACUUUUGCUCCGAUGAAAUUGAUCAAACCUUUAUAAUUGAUUGCUCAGAAGCCAACCUAAGAUCUUAGAAGCCAUCACGAAAUCGAUACAUCUUCGGUACGUAGAUACGUGAUGGUAAAUAAGAACUGUAGCUAAUAGGGAAUAUAAUUUUCUUCAGCCGCAAGCUCUCAGAGCUAAAAUUUCACCAAAUGAAGGCUAACGGGGCAGAGAAUUUAAGCCCUUAGAAUUGAAAGUGUUAAACUUACAUUUUUUGUUUCGCUUUUUUUUUCAGACAUUGACGGUAACAGAUGAUGUCGUGAAAAGGUUGCGGAACUUCAUAAUCUUAUACACGCUCCACGACGUCUUGAAACAGGUUUCGCCCUGUACUUACUGCAUGACUUCAAAGAAAAAGUAAAGUCAAGAAAAAGUUCCUAAAAUUGAUAUAGACGCUUUAAUUUCUAUCUGAAUAUAGUAUGCUGAAUGUGCCAGGUAUCUCUGACCUCACAGCUUACCGCGGUUAGUUCACCCCUUGAGAUGAAAGGUAGCUAAGUUAAUCAAGUUUGUGGGAAAAUACAUUAAGGAUUAUGAGCUGAAAAUUAAAUGCUUGAAAUGCAUGCUACACAUGAUUUGUACAAAAUUCCGUGUAAGUGAUACUUAAAGUUUUAAUUAAUUUAAAAUGAGACGAGGAGCUAUCGUUCAGUGGCCUAGUAUCUUUGAACAUGAUGCAAGCUUGACAAAAAGAUGCUUUCGCCCAUUUAAUCAAUCAAUCAAUCAAUCAAUCAAUCAAUCAAUCAAUCAAAGUUUAUUGUCUAACGUGAGGCAUCGUUGCCCAAUUGCCCGAGCCAGAGGCUCAUGUAUAAAAUGGUAGACUAAAUUUAGAUAGUGGUUUAGCGUUUGUGACCGAUGGUGCAUAACACUGUGACAGACACUCAAAGACAUGGGAUAGUGUAACGCUCUUCAUGUGAGUUUUGAUCAAUGUUAUGAGAUCAAACAUUAAAUAUUUUGAUAAACAUCUUUUAAGAACUGACGCUAACUGCGACGCUUGUUUUAAAAUUCAAACGAGGCCGCAGAGCUUCCCUCUGCGUUAGUAUCAUUUUGUGUUUUUGAGAUUACUGAUUUAUAGGUAGUAACGCUUUAUGUGAUCAUCCUUGAAAGUGCGGAAGAAGUAAUUAGGUCCUCCGAAGCGCGAAGACAGGCGGUAUACCGAAACGGUUCGAGGUUUUAAUCGAGUUCUCUCAAAGUCACUUUUUAUGAUUAAACGACUAUUUCUGGUGAUGUAUUUCUCCUAAAGUGAUGAAUUGAUAGGAUACGUUUUGUGGUUUAAUACUGGCUUCUAGCCAGUAUUAGUAAGUGCCUUUUAGGAAGACAAACAACGACCGUGACCGAAUUUUAAGUAAGAAGGGGUGUUUAACUCGAGAGAAUGUGCUCCUUUGAGGAAAAGAUCAAAAUUCAUCAAUCACGAAAUUUUGGUCCAUCCGUCUAUGUGAAAGCAUACACGUGCUGAGAUCGGAUUGUAAGUCGGGUCGUUAACAAAUUCUGAACAAACGGUAUUUUACGUAAACAAAUAUAAAGAUCAGGGCCCAGUUGUCUAAAGGUCGGAUAACGCUAUCCGCCAAGGGACAAAUCGCUAUCGAGCGGAUAAAUGAGAGCAAGACGUACUACGUUAUCCCCUGUUUAGCGAUUUAUCCAAUGGAUAGCAUUGUCAAACCUUCGAACACUCCGGGCUAGACGAUUAUUUCUGUAAAUAAAAUGCUUCCAUUAAAAAACAGCUUGCUUCGCAUUGAUAAUUAAUUCAGACUUCAGAAACUAUUAUAUUAUCACAUUUCCAGUUUCUCCUUCUACUUCCUUGUGAUCUCAUACUUCAGUUUCAUAACAUGAUCGGAUGUAUUUUUCAUAUACAUAAAUAAUUUUCAAAUAACCACCAGAAAUAGUGUUGACAAAUUAACAAUAUUAUUAAAGAUUUUACGAAGUGCCAACUCGAUCUGGAGAUUGACUCAUGUUCUAUAUAAAAACUAAAUACUUUGUGUUCGGGGCUCUAACUUGUGUAUCUAUCAAAUGGGGUUCCCGCCAGCUCAAGUAAAAAAAAAACCUCUGCAACUUGUUUACGAAGCUGUUUGUCCCUCACGUCGUGCUACUCACCACAAAUUCUAAAGCGCAAUAUCGUAUGCUUACUUCUUAAAAUUUCUAUAUCCGCAAGAAUACGGCCUAAAGUUACGGAGAAAACUAAUCCAUUCUCACAGAGUUUCGGGAGGGGGUAAUUCGUUGGUUGACGAGAGCUAGAAAGGGCGAUGACGUUUACGAGUCAUAAAAAAUCUUAAAAGAAUCCUUUUUCAGCUUCUAGAAUGAUUCGUCGCGUUUUCCCUUGUCCAAUUUCUAAAAAUAAUCAAAACAGUGAGAGGGUGAAUGACGCAAAAGUGUGACCUUCCCGUGGAACUCGAUAUAUAUUUGUCUUAGCUUUACUGAAUAAAACAUACGAUCGAGUAGCAUUUGUUACCCUGAAAAGCCUGUAGUCUUCACGUUUUAUUUCCGAGUCACUGAGUUGCCAAAAUCAGUCUAAUCUCCAUUAUAGAUCACCACUCUCGAAAGACACAAUAACAUUUACCAAUUAAAAUACUGUGUUGCGCGCCAGUCGCUUGCUUCCAACCGGUUCAGUGUGACUGGAUCCUAAAAGAAACCGUACGGCAACAGUAAUUUGGGAGCCAAUCAAUGACGGGCCUUGCUGUGGGUAUCAAACGUGUGCAUAGUUCAGAGAAAGAUUACUAAAACUUAAAUCAAUAUCAGGGUAAUGGCGACAGCCAGUUCUACCACCGCUUCUGCUAUAGGAUUGAAUUAUAGCGCGUAAUUCUCUUAGAAUUCGGAUCCGAAGUUAGUGUUUAGAAAGACUAUUGCUAGCAAAUAAUGUUGGGCCAAGUACUCGCCCUUAUUAAUGGUUUGCAGCUACCGUUUGAUGGCAGAUAUAUACUUUUAUUGACGUCAAAUGAUAUGGAGUAACGUUGUACGGUAAUUCGACUUGCUAUUGCUAAUAUAGACAACAUCCCCGUGAAAAAACAACUUUUUCAUAUUGCUAAUACAGAUAUCAUCUCUUUGAAUAAACCACUUUUUCAUAUUUCAUUCGUUUAACAAACAACAAUCAUUAAAAUUGAAUUUACGAAAUGGUAGCAUUAGAAUAAUUUUCAAGUUUGAACAAAGUCAAAAGGCUUAAAGCUCACUAGGGAACAGCAUUUUCAUUAUGUUAAACACCUGUAAUAGUAUGUGAACAGUGAACUUUAAAUCCUUGGUCUAGCUUUCUGUUUUAUGACACAAAAACUUAAGUAGAUUUGGUAAUAUUUCAUCUAGAAUAUUUCUAUAUCAACAACAUUUCCAUAUUAUAGGUAGAACGGGCGAAAGAGCUAACUUACACACUUCGGCGUGGGUGAGAAAAAGAGAAUAACAUGUUAUCAUUGUUCCUUAGGAUUCCGUGCAUUUACACCGUCACUUUCAUAAAUUUCCUUAGCUUAAUGCUGUUUGAAAAGCGAAAUUGACUCAGUUGCCUGCGUCAAUACUAGAGUAUUCCACAAUCACGCAACACAUUAUUAUACAUCUCCUUCAAACAAGCUGCUCAAUAUUAUAUCUGAGCACUCUAUUCAUAAAUAGAUCAUGGUAGCUGUGACUCUAAAUCAUACUUUGCGUCACACAUUAAAAAUUCAAAGCAAUAUACGAUAACGAAACAAUACAAUACAGACCUGGUUACAUGGAAAGAGAAAAGCCCGCAAAUGAAGGUCCGAUAAAUUUACUUCCUUUGGUUUAAAAAUAAAUAGCCCCAGUCAAAUAGGAAGGAACCAUUUAUUCUAUACAAAAAUACAAUUUUAGGAUGAUCGGCGCUCUUUUCUCUCUCCAAUUUACCUCCAAGGUCAAGCGAUACCGAGUUUUUCCAGUUUAGAUUAGAUAUUAUCAACUGUCGAUGAAUGUGCUAGUCUAGAAAAAAAUGACUGCCACUUAAAAAUUGGAGCAAGAAUUCCAAAUCAGCAUUCGUUGUUUUGGGAAAUCAUAUUGCCUGAAAUAACCCGCUAUGGCCUUUCUAGAUUUCUCUCGCCCAGUGCAAUAAUAUGUGGAAAGCGUAAGGCUGAACAGAUGUGAUAGAGUUAAGUCUCCACGACCUAAUUUCUUAAGUAAUUCACGAUCAAAUGAUAGGUCUUCGACAUGACUAGUUAAACUACUGUGACCCUUUUCAGUCUGUUUAAGUCGUCCAGUGAGGGAACAUAUAAGUGGAAAAUUACCCACAAAUGAAAACUGAAACCCAAUUUUUUUCUUAGAAGUUAAUAUUGGACUCACUGUUAUAAAAGGAAAUCAGCGAUUAUGCAUGGUCACCAAGUUUAAGAUGAAUUUUUUGAGUAGUGCGGAAGAGAACUAUCACAUUUGAUUAUCUCAAAUUCUCCCAAAUCCUCGAGUUCAAAGGCCUUUCGCAGCGGUGUGAUUCAAAAACAGAUGAGGGUUUAAGGUAACAGAAAAGGAAUAAGUGAAAAUAAGGCCUUUGAGUGCAAUGACCAUCAUCAUACAUACCCUAAUCGGCGUCGGCCAGUGCUAGUUUUUAUUACAGUGGGUCAUGAUCAAAGAAUAGCUUCAUUUUCGUGAAGUUGGAAAUAAUUUCUUGUCGACUCAUUUUUUUGGUAUGAUUUCAAUAUCGAAAAUGUUGAAUGCCCCUCCAGGAAGAGUUGACAAAUUUCUCCUGAAAUUUUCUAAAAUGGAAGGGUAAUGAGAGAGUAAGGAAGACGCUUCAAGGAAAACACCCACUGGUUCCUUAUGGAAAAGAUGAUGCAAAACCUACCAAACUGCUUCCUGCCCAAUUUGUAUAAAUGCAGGCGCGUUGCGAUCCAAACACAAACUUUCAAGAAUCCAACACAAACUGGACUUCAACGUAACAGAUAAAUUCAUCUACAAAGAAAGAAGUGUAAGGUGAGUUAAGAGACUUCUACAUUUUUUGUACACAAAUUUACCAUACAUGUUUAAGCUCCGAAUGGAACUCAUUGGAAGCCUUAAGCCAAUUUUUAACGCAAUUCGCCUUGAAAAAGGAUUUAAAAGGAAGAGGAGAAAAAAACAUAGGCUGAUUUUCGGGGAUCCACAGCAGGAUCAUUUGUUGCCAAGUUUUAAAUAAUUUAUCUUGAAGGAAGAGGGCAAUAGAACACAUUCUGAUCCUUAGGGAUAAUUUUGAACGAACCCUUCUCUUUAAUCUUUACCUCACUGUGGAGUUAAAAACGUUUCAAAAGGGCUUUUUCCAAAAAGAGAGCAAGUAAAAUGCCCUCUCAAUCAAACAGCGAGGAAACAUUAUUCAUUAAAUAAAAUAAUUAUAGGAUAACAACUUUUCAGGAUUUAAUCAGCGGUUUCAUCCGUAGUCACGAUUUCAAAAGUUGCCUAUUCAAAAAGGGGGCCUGUCAAACGUCCUCUUGUAAGAUAAACAACGUAUCCCUUUAUUUCAUAGUUAGACUUAAACAAGCUCGAAUUCCUCAGAUUAUUUCAUAUUUGUCUUUUUCAACUUAUUAUCCAGACAUUAUAGAAAUGGUAUUCAAGUGUAAGUUCCUGUUCGCUGCCAUGUUUACAUUAACGAUGCUGAGCUCGACUGGUUUCGCGGCAAAGUAUUCAAGUGUGGAAACAAUCAUGAGACUUUUCUUGGAGCCCUCUCGCACUAACGCUACCAGAGAGGUGAAAUGAUUGAAUUUGAUUUUGCAUUAUGGUUACGCUAUUUUUUAGAAUUCGGCUGUAAUUUAUUUCGUAGUCUGGUGCCUAACUCAAGAAAGCGUUAAUCGAUACUCAAAUACUCUCUUUCACAGAUGCUUAACGUCUACAGUUUCAUAGCCUCAAGCAAUGACUUAAGCGAGACCAUUCUAAGACUUGGAGAUGCCAACACGCAAGUUUGCGCCUCAGACAAGGUACGACCUAGUAUUGUUUGUGGUUUAUGACGAGGUGGUAAAUGUUACAAAGGGUAAAAACAAUGCGAUUCGGCUGACCCUUGAAACUCAAAUGCAGAGUGCUGACCCGGAAAAAACAUGACAUAUAGCCUACUUUUACUCUUUGUCUACUUUUCUGGAGAUUUUUAAUUGAACCAAAAGUAAUUGCCUUUGUAGCCCUUUAUUUUUUUCCGCAAAAUCUGCAAAUAUCAAAACUCGCAAAAUUUUCAUGCCUUCUGCUUAUUUAAGGGGUAUUGAACUAUAAAAAUAACUAUUUGCUUCUGACAUUACUCUCUUUAAAGCAAAGAAAAGACAAUCUUACCAUCGCUUAUGCCAAAAUGAGGGAUUUCAUAAAUCCAGUGUACAUGGCGUACUCGUAUGAGGCAGCACAGACACCCCAGAACAAGAUUUUGAAAGGUGUGCUCAUGAAAGUCGGCCAGCACCUGAACAACACAGCGAUGAGAUUGCGUCAUAAGGUGAGAGUGCUAAACAAUAUUUCCAUUAACAACCAUGGGGGUGAUUAAAAAUUAAGAAAACUUACAAAAACACGAAUGAACGUUUCAUUCCUUUUCGUGGCGAAUUCGUGGAGAAAUUAAGAAUUAGAGGUAUGGUUUUGUCAAACCUUCUAUUCCCAAUUGAAUGUCAUUUCGCUUUCAGCAAGUUCCAUUACUUUCCUUCCUAAUUACUUAUUUAUUUAUUUUUAAAUAUGGACAUUUUUAUUUAAUUCGAAGCAGUUAAUGUCAUUGUUUUGCUAACUUUGUUCUCAAAUUUCAGCUAACAAAGAAUUCGUAUCCAGUGCCAUCCACACCCACAUCAGUUCCUGAGGCAAACCUAGACCAGCUAUCUCGCGAAUACUUGACAAAAUUUGUGGUAUGUUGCGUGUUUUCAUUAUAAAAUGACUUUUCAAGGUUUUUACCGUGUAAAAAAUGCUAUGAAACGCUAAUGCAAUAGCGAAAUGAGUAGAGAGGUUAACGAAUUCCCCAUCUCAAUGGGGGGAGGGGGGGGGGGGAAAGAAUCUUUGAAACGUAUAAUAGAAAAAUCUACUGCUUUAAAGUUAAUACGAGCCCCAAUAUGAGCACCAGGGAAAAGAAAAGAGCAGUACCGUGUUGUUACGCGAAGUCUUUUUACUCCAUCUAAUGCAGACAGAGCUAAAAAUGAUCUGCUUUUGUAUCUCAAACUGUGGUACUUAAGUAUGAUACAAUCUUAUGAUUAUCAAAAUGUAUUUGUCCACUAAUGUGUUUUCAGAUUCAAGAUACAUGUAUUUAAACAGAUAACUAAAAUAAUUGAGAUACUUUUAUUUUUCAGACAGGAACGAUUACUGACGACAUGGUGAAGAGGUAUCGGAACUAUGUUAUCCUCUACACCUUGAAAGAUGUUAUCCAAGAAGUUUUGAAUCAGUGUCUGUGGCGACCUAAUGCAACCAGAAACCAACUUGUCCAUCCUUAG